GGCGGGGACGCGGCGGGGGCGGCGGCCAGAGGCACCGGGGAGCCGAGCCCGGCAGCGGGGCGGCCGGGAGGCGAGGGCUGCGCUCGCCGGGAACAAGGAACAAAAGGCUCCUGCCCGCCGACGGCGCCGUGCCCCGCGGGCUCCCGAGCCCCUUCCCCGAGAGCCAUGGCCCGCAAGGAGCCCGGCUGCGCCUGGGGGGUCCUGCUGACCCUCUGCAGCCUGGGCGCAGCCCAGCCCCGGCAGAGACAGGGCUAUUUGAUUGCGGCACCUUCUGUUUUCCGAUCUGGUGUUGAGGAAGCUAUAAGUGUGACCAUUUUUAACUCUGUCAAGGAGACAACAGUCCAGAUUCAGCUAGUUGUGAAAGGAGAAACUGUGUCAAGAGGCCAUGGAACAGUUCUGGAUAAAGGAACAAUCAAACUGAAGGUGCCUUCAGGACUUCGUGGACAAGGACAUCUAAAAGUCUGGGGCAACCGGCAUAUAGCAGAGGAAGGCUACAUUUUUCACAACUAUACCACAGUAACUAUUGAUAGCAAAGGAUCAUCAGUGUUCAUCCAGACUGAUAAACCUGUCUAUAAACCCAAACAGAAAGUGUUGAUAAACCUGUUUAUGGUUACUUCUGACUUGAGACCAACCAAUGACAAGAUUGAAGCCUAUGUAGUGGAUCCUCGGGGGUCUCGUAUGAUAGAGUGGAGCAAUUUGAAGCCAUUUUGUUGUGGCAUUGUAAAUAUGAGCUUUCCUUUGUCUGAUCAGCCAGUGUUUGGAGAAUGGCUCAUCUUUGCUGAAAUGCAGGGGCACACAUACAACAAAUCCUUUGAAGUUCAGAAAUAUGUGUUACCAAAGUUUGAGUUGCUGAUUGAGCCACCUCGCUACAUUCGCGACCUUUCAAAAUGUGAAAAAGGGACUGUCCAUGCCAGAUAUACAUUUGGAAAACCAGUGACAGGAAAGUUAAUUGUCAAUAUGACUAUAAAUGGUGUAGGGUAUUACAGGCAUGAAGUGGGACACCCUGUCCUCAAGACCACCCAGAUUGAUGGCUCUGCUGUUUUCGAUGUGUGUGUGAAAGACAUGAUGCCAGCUGAUGUUCCGGAACAUUUUCGAGGCACAGUCAAUAUCUGGGCCACAGUGACCAGCUCAGAUGGGAGCAAGCAGGUUACAUUUGAUGACUCAACACCUGUUCAGAAACAGCUAAUCGAUAUCAAGUACUCCAAGGAUACUAGAAAACAGUUCAAACCUGGACUGCCUUACAAAGGAAAGGUAGAAGUCACUUACCCUGAUGGAAGUCCAGCCAACAGAGUCACUAUUCGAAUUAAAGCCGAACUCACACCAAAGGACAAUGUUUAUACAAGUGAACUGGUAUCAAGAGAUGGCCUCGUGGAGUUUGAAAUCCCCUCCAUUCCUACAGCUGCCCAAUAUGUCUGGCUGGAGACCAGAGUGACAGCGAUUGAUGGGAAACCGUCUGGAGAUCAGUAUCUGCCAAACUACUUGUCCAUCAGUAGCUGGUACUCACCCAGCAAGUGUCACAUCCAGCUCCAAGCACCAGAUAAACCUUUCCAGGUAGGAGAGGAGGCUUGGAUUGCAGUGAAGUCCACCUGCCCUUGCAACUUCACUCUACAUUACGAAGUGGCAUCGCGAGGCAACAUUGUCCUUUCAGGGCUGCAGCCCAGCAACAUCACCCAGCAGAGGAGCAAGAGAGAGACCUUUCCCUUUGAGAAGAACAUUGACGUUGCACAUUUCCCAGGAACAGCACCUACUGGUACCCCUGCAGCAGAGGUUGAAGUCUGCAUGACAUUCCUCCGUUUCUCAGUAACUCAUAACAUGGCUCCCUUGGGCCGUCUUCUGGUGUAUUACGUCAGGGAGAAUGGAGAAGGGGUCACAGACAGCCUGCAGUUCCCUGUGAAGUCCUCCUUUGAAAAUCAGGUUGCGGUGACUCUUUCAGCAAAUGAGACCAAACCUGGUGAUGUUGUGAACAUCAGGGUCAGAGCUGCAAAAUCAAGCUGUGUUUGCAUUGCCACAGUGGAUAAGAGCGUCUACUUGCUGAAGACAGGUUUUCAGCUGACAGCCAGUCAGGUGUUUCAAGAACUUGCAGAGUAUGAUGUAUCUGAUGCUUUUGGAGCUCCAAAGGAGGAAGGGCACUUCUGGUGGCCAGGCAUGUCUUCCCGUAGACGUCGUAGAUCUUCUGUCUUUCCCUGGCACUGGGACAUCACCAAGGAUGCUCGCUUCGCAUUUACAGAAACUGGCUUGGUUGUAAUGACUGAUAUAGUCAGCUUAAACCACAGACAGAAUGGAGGCAUGUAUACAGAUGAGGCUGUCCCAGCUUUUCAGCCACAUACUGGGACACUGGUGGCUACAAUGCAUUCUAGAGCGGCACCAAGCAGAGCAGAGAAGAGGAAAAGAACCUUCUUUCCUGAAACAUGGAUAUGGCACUGCCUUAAUGUCAGUAAUGCAUCAGGAGAAGCAGAGCUGCGUGUGGAAGUGCCAGACUCCAUCACUACGUGGAUAACUGAAGCUGUGGGUCUGUCUGAAGAGAAGGGGUUGGGCAUUGCCAGUCAAACAGAACUGAAGACGUUUAAACCUUUCUUCAUUGAUUUUACACUGCCGUACCAUGUCAUCCGGGGAGAACAGACCAAAAUCCCAUUGACUGUUUAUAAUUACUUAGCUGUCUGCGUAGAGGUUCAUGUGAAGAUUUCAGUUCCAAAAGGUAUAAAGUUUGUUGGGCAUCCUGGGAAACAUCAUCUGACGAGAAAGAAGUGCGUUGCCCCCGGGGAAGCUAAACCCACCUCUAUUGUUUUGUCCUUCAACGAGCUUGGACUGAGCAACAUCACUGCAAAAGCUUUUGCUUAUGGUGGAACUAAUUGCUGUCAAGAUGGGAUGCAAACUUUAAAGAAUGGCAAGCACUCAGAGGACAGUUAUGUGGACAAAAGGACCCCAGUUGGAGUGGAUUAUGUUCGCAAUAGUGUUAUUAUUGAGCCAGAGGGACUGUCCAGAGAGUACACCUAUAGUGUGUUCUUCUGCCCAAAUGAGAAAAUUCACAUUUCUACACCUAAUAAAUAUGAGUACCAGUACAUGCAGAAACCUGCCCAGAUGACACACUUUGAUAUUGCUGUGAAAGCUCACAAUGAUGCUCACCUGGCCCUGUCCUCUGGUCCACAUGACAUGGCAGAGAUGACUGAGAUUGUUAUUGGUGGACAUCAAAAUACUAAAACAUGGAUUUCCAUCAGCAAAAUGGGUGAGCCAGUGGUCAGCAGAGACACAGCUGGUAUUCUGUCCUGGGAUGAAUUCCGCAGCUUCUGGAUCAGCUGGAAAAAUGGAAUUGUUCAGGUUGGCCAUGGUACUCGGGUGCUAAAUGAAUCUAUUAUUGUGGAGUGGACAGUCCCCAAACAGUUCGAGGUGAAGUACAUUGGCUUUUCCACAGGCUGGGGGUCAAUGGGAGAGUUUAAAAUUUGGAGAAAAGAAGAGACUGAUGAAAAUCACAAUGAAGCAUUUACUCUUGGAGUUCCCCACAACAUAAUUCCAGGAUCAGAAAGAGCUACGGCUUCAAUAAUAGGAGAUGUGAUGGGUCCUACAUUAAACAACUUGGACAAUCUUUUGCGAUUACCGUUUGGAUGUGGAGAGCAGAACAUGAUCCAUUUUGCUCCUAAUGUUUUUGUCCUGAAAUAUCUGCAGAAAACCAAGCAACUCAGUCAUGAGGUGGAGAGUGAAGCUACUGAUUACCUUGUUCAAGGCUACCAGCGCCAGCUGACCUACAAGAGACAAGAUGGUUCAUACAGCGCUUUUGGCGAGAGGGAUUCCUCGGGGAGUAUGUGGCUAACAGCUUUUGUCCUCAAGUCCUUUGCACAGUCUCGUGGGUUUAUUUUCAUUGACCCGAAGGAGCUAACAGCUGCCAAAGACUGGAUCAUCCAGCAUCAGAAAGAAGAUGGCUCUUUUCCUGCUAUGGGCAGGAUACUGAAUAAGGACAUUCAGGGUGGAAUCCAUGGUAAGAUCUCUCUGACGGCUUAUGUGGUUGCAUCUCUUUUGGAAACGGGUGUAACUUCUGAGGAAGAAAGAACAGCUGUUGACAAAGCAAAACACUUCUUAGAGUCCAACUUAUAUUCAGCAGAAGACCCCUACACUACCGCCUUGAUUGCUUAUGCCCUGACACUGCUGCACAGCCCCUCUGCUGCUGUGACGCUGCGGAAAAUGAACAGCAUGGCUAUUACACAAGAUGGCUUUACACACUGGAGUUUGACGGGAAGUCUUGUUACUGAUGAAGAUACCUUCAUGGGAUUUAAUGAUGGUCUCUCCCAAUCAGUUGUUUCUGCAGAAGUGGAAAUGACAUCUUAUGCCCUUCUGACAUACACGCUUCUAGGAGAUGUGGCCUCUGCACUACCAGUGGUAAAAUGGCUUUCACAGCAGAGGAAUGCACUUGGAGGAUUCUCGUCUACUCAGGACACAUGUGUAGCCCUGCAGGCUCUGGCUGAAUAUGCUAUCCUUUCUUACAUUGGAGGAGUCAACCUUACCAUUUCCUUGGCUUCUACUAAUCUAGACUACCAGGAGACAUUUGAGCUUAACAAAAUGAAUAAGAAAGUCCUCCAGACUGCAGUGAUACCCAGUAUUCCAACGGGGCUGUUUGUGAGUGCCAAAGGUGAAGGCUGCUGUCUGAUGCAGAUUGAUGUCACUUACAACGUGCCUGAUCCAAUUGCCAAACCAGCUUUCCAGCUCCUGGUUAACCUGAAGGAGCCAAAGUCAGAGCAGCAUCUUCAAGCUCCAAAUCUCCUGCGAUCUGUCUCUCCAGAUGAGAAUCGCUCUGAAACCUUGCACAGAGAGAGGGCAUUGGUGGAUGAUGAUGACCCAGCUUCAGAUCGGGAUCAUCAGGAAUACAAAGUUAUACUGGAGACGUGCACUAGAUGGCUGCAUUCUGGAUCCUCUAACAUGGCUGUUUUGGAAGUGCCAUUGUUCUCAGGGUUUCGUGCAGAUAUUGAGAGCCUAGAGCAGUUAUUGAUGAACAAGCAAAUUGGAUUAAAAAGAUAUGAAGUUGAUGGAAGAAAAGUCCUUUUUUAUUUUGACGAGAUUCCUAGCCAGUGCAUGACCUGUGUAAAGUUUCAAGCUUUCAGAGAGUAUAUAGUUGGGAAAACAGCUCCUGUUCCUAUCAAAGUGUAUGAUUACUAUGAGCCAGCUUUUGAAGCAACUCGUUUCUACAAUGUGAGUGAAAACAGUCCCUUGGCUCGGGAGCUUUGUGAUGGGCCAACGUGCAACGAGGUAGAGAGCUCAGCUAGCCAGUGGGUUGGCUUUUUUCACUCUGGACCAUGCAAUAAUAUUUUUGGCUGCUUGGAGGAUGAGUAUUUUGAGCAAUGUAUGUGUUCACGAGACUGUGGCUAUGAUGGGGAGCCUGUAUGUGGAUCAGAUGGACAGAUUUACCAGAACCAUUGCCAGAUGGAAGUAGCAUCGUGCAGGAAUAAUACGAGGAUAGAGCAGAUCCCCAUGUCACAAUGUUCUACGUCCAAGAAUUUGCCAGAAGAAAGGGAGACGCAAUCCCACACAGCUGAGCAACCCAGUGUACAACAAAUUCCAACAGCAGAGGAAGGCCCUCCACCACAGUCAGAUCUGUCAUAUUAUUCCUAUGAAUACGACCCGGACCCCUAUGCCUCUGAAGCUGACACUUUUGAGAUUGUGGCAGAGCUGACGACAGCAAGCACAUUAAAAGUGGACAAGAUUCAGGAAGCGGUGACCACAGUAGAAUGAAAUAUAUAAUUUAAAGAAAGAGAAGAGGCUCAGAAUCUACUCCUGUAUGAGUUUGUUCCAACAGACGACCUGCUGCAGAACAGAAACCGAAUGAUGACUACUUCCUGAUGCCCUCAGAACUGUAGGCUUUGCUGCCCCACGGGGGUGGAUCUGGAGCGCUAAGGGGGACACUCAGCAUUAUUCUUCUGUCAAUUUUCCUGCCUUUUGUGCAUCCUCCUAGGAGUACUUCCAAGGAUGGGAAGCCAAUAUACUGCGCCCUCUAGGUGAGAAAAAUAGGGGCUGGAAUUCAAACUUAUAGACCUUUUCAAAAUGUUUUCUCUAUUAUCAGGAUACUGCAAAUGCCAUUUCCUAGCUACAUUUAGAAGCUAAGUCCAGGCCUCGUGCUUAGCUGAACUGCUGUUUGAGGAAGGAUGGCUGAGGAGUUUUCUCUCAAAUUAUUAUAAUAAAAAUCAGUAUGUUUUGCUAAUUAUGACAUAAGAGGCUAAUCAUCUUCUCUAGCCUGUAAGUCUACUGUACCCACAAUUAUGUCCUACAAGAGGAAAAACUGCCCUAAUGCCUCCAUGUUCAGGAAAGAUGUUGGGAGGUCCAUUUCACAAGAGAAAACUCAAAUCCACUGUCAGACAGGGCUGAAAAGCUUCAGGUGGGGAGUUUGCUAGCCAUAGCAGUGACCAGGAUCUGGUGGGUGAGCCCUCUUCAUUUUGCACUAUGUGCUGAUGAGGUUUGCUUGCAGCCUUCUCAGCUCUGCAGCCCCUUUCCUCCUUGUAACCCUGACAUGAACUGACCCAAGGCGCAGUCCUUUUAAAUGCUCGCCUGACUUCACCAAUCACUUUUAUCCUGCUCCCACCAGCAUUCCCAUACAAUGAUUUCUUUUUCUGGAUAUGGUAAUCUAUGCAUAGGCCCUGGGCCUGCUUGCCAGUACAAAUCACUGGUGUCACAGAGACUGGACUCCCUUAGACUGACCUGCCCCAAGCAAUGUGGUAAAACUAAAAACAAAAGCUUUGUGUUUCCAAAAGUGCAUGAGCCAAGACUUUUUGGUUUCCCUUCCUGCCUGGAGCAGCAUUGUUCUCUUUGGAGGAGUUAGAUGCAAUUGCCUGUUGCAAAAUAGUGUUAAUAUUUUAUCUUCCACGUCUAUUGUUACAGGGACCCAGAGUGGGGUGGAAACUCCUUUUGAGGGUGUUUAUUGGUGAAUGGAAACAGGAAAAAGCCCAGCUCCAUUCAUUUUUAGGGCUUGUUUACACAGGAACCCUGACAAGAAUAUAUCCCAGUAUAGACAUUCCAUUCCAGAAUAAAAGCAAUUUUAUUCCAGAAAACUGUCUACAUGGGGACAAAACAGGAGGUAUCCCAGAAGUUGGGCAUUUGUAGUUUCCAGUCCUUUUUUGUCUGGGGCUAGAUAUAUGCAGAAUGUAACUGACACGAUGAAGGUCUGGGUCUUGAAGUUCUCAGAAAUUUCAGAACUGCUUUGUUGGCAAGUUACCAAGCCUUCCUUCGUGGCUGCUGUGAGCUCUCCUCACAGCAUCUUGACGUGGCUGUUGCCCGUAUGCACCCACUGCUUCUCAGCAGAGCUUUUUGCCACGUCUCUUCAGUGUGUAUGAACAGACCACGUCCUCACUGUGUCCCCACUGCACAGCAGAAGCACUGGUGGCUGCAUUCCUGUCUGGCAGGUAAAUAAAUGCCUUUAAACUAAAUUCCAUCUCCUGUAAGCAACUGGCCUGGCAGAUGCUAGCUAUUGUGUACACACACAGGACUGAGUCAAUAUUUAUUCCCUGGGUAAAUAACAGACCUAGUAUGAGCUGCAACAAGAGGUUGUUUUGUUGUUUCUUUUUUUUCCCCUUUUCUAAAUAUCAAAGCUGCACAAUACAAACCCUGCUGUUUGCUGGUUCCAGCCUCAGCUGUUUAAUGCUUCAAGGCUGGAGAAUGAGACAUUUGGUCACCCUGAUAAUGUCUGUGUGAAUGGCUUCCCACAGGAGAUGGGACCUGUGCUCAGGGUUCUUCAGCCUCCUGUCCUCUGUCACCUUCUGGCUUUAGUUUCCCUGUCUCAUUUAAUGCUUGUAGAUAGAUAUUUUAAGUAAUUUCAUAUUGCUUGAUCCUCUCAUAGAUCCAUGGGCAGUCAGACAGUGUCACCACUGGGCACAAGAAGAUGAAGGUAGGGAGAUUCAGCUUAGUAUUAAACAUGACUUCCUUCAUUUUCCUCAGUCUCUGUUACAUGUAAUCCACUAAUUCAAGAUACAAACAUCUCCCCAUUACUGCCAGCUAAAUUUCUCCUUGGUGCCAGCCUAUCAAUCGUGGCUUUGGUCUGUGGGCUCUCUGGGUGCCAGAGCACUCACCUGUUUGAGGCAGGGGAGUCUUGCUUCUGUUUUACCACUAGAAGAACUGACAAAGAGUCCUGGACCCCUAGCAGGCAGAGGCAGAGCAGCCUCAGUGUCCCUCAGCAAAGGCAGUUCUAAAUGGGACGCUGCAUGUGAGGUCAUGUGCCAGGUUUCCUGUACCCUAAAGCCUGACAUCACCUUGGGUGCUUCUUCACAGCUUUCAGGGAAAUCAUUAGUCCAUCGUCUCUUCUUCCUGCGUUCCUUAGGUACAUAUUGGCAGCUCUGCCUCCCCUCACUCCUGCCACCAAACUAGCUCCUUUCUAGAGUUAAAAAUCAGUCAUUUGAUUUAAGGAAUCAAAUAAAGGAACCUACAAAUACACACCUGUUUGCCUUUUCUCCCUUGUUACAGUAGUAAUGGAGCAGGUCUCUGUCCUCCUCUCCACCCCGGCUGCUGGUCCAUAGCUUUCCCCUGUCCCCAGGUUGUUGUUCCUGUUUCUUGUUAUCAUCAGUAAUUCUUAUCCAG